AAGGGGGGCCGGCGGGGCGGUGGCACCGGGCGCCGGGCGUUCCGCGCUGAGCCGAGCCGAGCCGCGGGCCCCGCGGGGGGGCGGCUCCGAGCGGCGGCAGGGCUGUGCAGCACUGGCAUCCCAGACGUCACCCAGCAGAUAGUGGGUCGGGUCGCUGGCUGUCGGGAAGCAAGAGCUUGGACUACCAACUCUGAGCUGUAGACUAUUAAGCUCAGCAUCCUAAUUCGGUGCCACCUUUGGGAGGAUGAAUCAGGAGAGCGACUCAAAUGAUGAGCCUGCUGGCCAGGACCCACUCCUACUGCUGAAAACCCUCCAGCUUCUCUGGACAAAGAAAGAGAUGAAGAAGCAGCUCAAGGAAGAAAUCAGGCGGGGCUUUGCAGGACUGGAGGACCCAUUGGCAGGACUCCUGGACAUACUGGAGAGCAGCAGCGAUUGGAAGGGGAAAGGGCAUUCCCUUGGGUAUUACAUCACCAGUGAGUUGCAGCUUUGGAUGAAAGAGCAUCCUGCUGUUCAACAGUCUGGCAUGAAGCUGAAGAAGCUGCAGACCCGUGUACUCAGAAUACUAGCCCAGUGCCCAGCUAAUCUUCUUGACCCUCUGAUUAGCAUUUACCAGCUCCAUACAGCAGACCGGAACUAUUUGCUUGGACAUGUCAGUCAUCUUUAUCACAGUGGCAAUUACAAAGAGGCAGCCAUACUGAGUAUUAAGCUAAAAUUACAGCCAGAUCAAGAUGUGGAGAAGAUGUGUAUGCCACUACUGUUUCAAGAUAAAAUUAACUUGAUGGAAGAUUAUGUGGGAGAGUAUCCUGAGCUCCAGUGCAAGCUCUUACAGAUCCUGGACACCUGGUGUGAACCUGGUUUUAAUAUCAGAGACAUUGCAAGACAAUAUCAAGGUCUGUCCAGGUACAAACCAGACAAAUUGAACCGCAAAAUGAUAAGCAAGCUGGUCUUCAGGCUCCUAGACCGAUUUAACGUAGAUCCAGCUCUCUGCCCUAAUGUCAUAAAUCAGCGGCACUUAAGAACUCUGCAUUAUCUCUUUUACAAGAGGUUUGUUGAGAAAACCAUGACUCAGGAGAAUUGGACAGAUCAUGUUCAGAGCACAGUUGGAGAGAAUCAAUGGCUUCAAGGGCACCUGAUACAGUUGCUAAUCAGUUACUGUGAUUUGAACACAGCAGCAAGAUGGGCACAACGCUGCAAUUUGCCCAAGGAGAUACUACCUAAUGGAGUGGCUGAUGAGCUUCAAAAGCUUAAGAUCCAAGAGAGUGUAGAAGAGGCCACAAAAGCAGAGAAUUAUGAAGAGGUCAACAAGAAGGAUUAUUACCAGCUUCCUAUUCCACGUGCAAAUAUUCAUUUCCUGCAAAAGUGGGAAGAGAUGCUGCAGUGCUGGGAAAAGGUGCUGCAGCCUGGACAGAUUGUUGCUAUUGACAUGGAGUGGAGGCCUUCAUUCGGCAUGGUUGGGAAGCCCCGCGUCUCCCUCCUUCAGAUCGCUGUGAAGGAUGAGGUGUUCCUGCUUGAUUUGCCACAGCUCCUUGAACAUGCUGAGAUGGAGGGUGAGAAGGAGAAGCUUCCCCAUUUCAUCCAGAUGCUCUACUCAGAUGCAGCCAUCACUAAACUAGGUUAUGGGAUGUCUGGAGACCUUAGCAGUCUUGCAGCCACAUGCUUUGCUUUGAAAGGCAUGGAUAAGCAAUCACGAGGUGUAGUGGACCUACUCACAGUAGACAAACAACUUCAGAAGAGCUCCAUUGACUGGAAGAAGGGCAGCCGGAAGGCUGAUAUACUGUCCCCAGAGCAGAGCUAUGAGGAUAAAGGGAUCAGGCAGCCAGAGAAAGGGCUCAGCCUCUUGGUACAACACGUACUGGGGAAGCCUCUAGAUAAAACAGAGCAGCUGUCUAACUGGGAGAAACGGCCGCUGCGGGAGGAACAGAUCAUAUAUGCAGCUUCAGAUGCAUACUGCUUGCUGGAGAUCUACGAGAAACUGUGUAAGGAUCCAGCAAGCUUUGGUCUGAGUUCAGACCUGACUAAAAGUCUGGUGGGAAAACCAAGCGUAAAAGCCAGGGCAAAGAAGCAGCUGAGUAAACAAGAGGUACCGUCACCUUGUGGACAGCAAUGCAAAGGAUCUGACAAGGAGACCUCACGUCCCCCUGCUCCCAUUUCCCCCAAAGAGUUCAGUGUGGUCUGUGAUAACAUGCUGCAAGGCCUUGGACGCUAUCUUCGCUGCCUUGGUGUAGAUGUCCGGAUGCUGGAGAAUGAGGAUGACCAUAGGAAAGCUGCUGAGAUUGCCCGACAGGAAGGAAGGGUCAUUUUAACCUCUGGACUACCAUAUCAGACUCUGCAGUCCCAGGUAGGAGAAGGAAGGUGCUUCUCCGUGAACUGCUCAGAAAAGGCAAAGGAGCAGGCCCUGCAGGUUUUGAAGCACUUCAACGUUCACAUAACCCUGGAGGACAUCUUCAGCCGCUGCCAGUGUGAGCUGCCUCUCUGCAGGUGAGGAGCUGGUAACCACCAACACGACAACAACGCAUCUCAGCGUCAUCCUUGGCACUUGCCCAAAUCAAUCGUCUCCUUUGGAAGAGAAGUUUCCCCUGAAACAAGGGUGAGAUGUGGCAAGGCAGUGAUUUUCAGGACAGCGGGCGCAGAUUGUCUCUCACUGGAUCGUUAAGCUUUCCUGGGUGCUUUUGGAAAUCUGACUCGUAUGGAUGUUUGCAUUUAGAGCAAAUACUUGGGCUGAAUUCAUCGUGUUUGAAUUCCACUAGGUUUCUGAACCCGAUGUUCCUAUUGGCAGGGCACUGUGGAAAGCCCACAGGGAAAAAGGCUUGGGGUAAUUGAGAUGAGCGUGGUGGGAGCCGUGGUGCUCAGGAAACAGGGUGAGUUGGGUCUGGGCUGUUAAGGCGGAAAUAUUCUGUGGAAAGUCCUGCUCUCUCUGAGGUCACAUCAGUCUUGCUACUGGCCGUAGUGGAAAAAGGAACAAAUCCCUUGUUUCCAUCGAGCCAGCUGAAACACAGACUGUGUUCAUCCUGUUGCACCUACAGCUUUUAAACCAUCGUUACUGCACCACCACGGGAAGUUUCACUAGUGGUUAACUGAAAUGUCACAAGCCUCGAAUCUGAUGUGAAGCUGGAAAUAAACUCUAAGUUCGCCCA